AUGCAGGACCAGCCACUCUCAUCACCAUUGAGAGGUACUUUAGGCAGCAGGCCAUACGAGACAAUUUUUCAUGCACCAACCCUACCCUUUGUUAUAUUUCCCCACCUUACUACAUACAGGCCAAGGAGCGGGGCGCUUAUCUGGUACAUGCUACAUAGGGAGGGUGUCAGCAAAGUGGCUCUGAGCGUGGCCUAUGAGCCAUUUCGCAAACAGGACCAGGCGGGGAAAAUCACAAAGCCUUAUGCACCACAGAUUGAUCAGACUGAGACAACUAGCUCUGAUAAACGAGAGCUGCAUGAAAGUUUAGAAGUCGAGUCUCUCGCUUCUCCCUCUCCGACUACUCAGCGACCAGAUUCUCAUCAGAAGUCACAAUCAAGGCGGGCCAGCAGCAUCCAGUUCCACCAAGGCACCUCCACAUACCUUGGUAGCUCGGCGAGAGCCCCGAGUCCGCUUGGCCAGCCGUUGACACGCCGUCCGUUCGUCAGCCGAUCAACCUUACCAACUAAUACUUCAUAUCGUCCUACAGAGGCAUCUACCACUGAGAGGGCGACGUUGGACCGAGGAGAAUACCCGGCUGACGAUAGUAAACAUCCUGUUGUCCCUGAUUUCCUUCCUUCACAUCGUACCCAACUUCCUGACACGUCGAGCAAAAUGAAUUCACACAGUAACUACUAUAGCCAGGGUGCGGCCCCUGGUCGCUCAACGCCAUUUCCGCAACGUCUCCGACCCGCGGAUGAUCCAGAAAUAAUGCAGCUCAAAGCCGAACUGGAAGCGUAUAGAAUUAUAGAAGAGAAGGCAAAAACAGAGGAAGAGCAGAAGAAAAAAGAGGACAAGAUUCGUCAAGAUACUGAAGUUGCGUUCCAACUCCGAUGGGAAGCACUGCAAAAGGCUCAGGAAGAUACGAAACGUGAAAUGGAGAGGAUUAAAAAGGAGGCUGAAGCGGCAGCAUGGGAGAGAGUUGAAAAGGAAAGAAGGGAACAAGAGAGUAUGAGGGUUCGGGAACAACACCAAGCUAGGGUUAUGGAAAGCGAGAUCAGAACAAAAAUCGAGGUGGAAAGAAAGGCCGAGGAACAAGAAAGAAGGUCUCGGGAAAAGCUUGAGAGUGAGAUUGAGAUGAGGUUAAAGAAGAAGAUGAUGGACAAGGUCGACGAGUUGAUGAGGGAUUUCGAACAACGACUUUCGAUAUACCCACCAGUAUGGCCUUAUCAGACAGGUACACAAAAUCAGAAGGAACUGUCUUGCAGUCAACCUGAAACCCAGCUGAUGAACGGAUACGAACCACCACAAACCUGGCAACCAGGCCUUAAUGGCCACCACACUCGCGACGCCGCAUUAUGUAGUCCUGCACCCUCUCAAUCGCCAAGAACAGGAUAUCCUCCCUCUAAUGCCAACUUGAGCCACGGGGUUAGGCUGCCUUCUGUACCCUGUGCAUCAGAUCCCUCCCAAUCCCCAGAAGAAUGGAGUCCACAAAACAGCAGGUUUUAUCGAAAUAGCCAAGCUGAUUUCUUUCCCCAUCCCUCUUCACCGUCUCGAGGCCGGAUUAGAAAUCAAUCUCAAGGUUACAGUACCUGGCAGCCAUAUCAAGAAGAAUAUAUCGGAACCCGGAUGCAUGCACAUCCAGAACUCAUACAAGAACUCGCGUAUGCUGUCAAUGAGGUUCUCAGAGAUCAAAUCUUCAAUGGAAUGACCAUGCGUCGAGAUAUGGAUGAUAGGCAGCAUAAUCAUUAUUCUUCAUCUGUCCAUCAGGUUCCAGUCGACCCCAGGGCAUAUUCAUACGCUCCAGACCGAGCCGCUGCUAUGGAAGCCCAGAGGCAGCGUCAAAGAGAGAGAGAAUAUCAGAACGGCCGAUCGCGACAAUUUGGGCCGCCUCAAGGAAUGAUGAACGGCCAAGGUUAUGGCUUUGAAAGGCCUGCUCCAUCGCCAAGCAUGAUGCCCCAAAAUAGACUGUCAUCGACUGGUGGUACAUUCAGUGUUGAUAGGACCUCAGAGAGCAGCAAGGCACAAUCUGCCUACCAGACCCCACCACAGAGUUAUAGGGGUGCUGUGUUAGUUACCGGAAACAGACCCAAUGCUUCAACUACGGCUUCCACGUUGUGUAAAGCUGGAGAGAAGAACUGUGAAUCUGAUCAAAGAGGUCUUCCAGCCCCUGGCGAUGAGAGACUACAGACGCAUGUAAAUCAAUUCUUGGAGGUCCCAUCAGGGAAUUCAAAAGUUGAGAAACAAUUAUCAGCAGCCAACGCAUACAUGGACUUUAAGGAAACAUAA